AUGACUACCAACUCUUUCGGCGGAGCUCUUCCUCGCUUUGACUUCCCUUCUCAACCACAACCCGCCAUCUCACGCAUGGCUCGCGUCAACAAAGCUCUCCCAGUAGUUCUAAUGGCAGCCUCAGUAGCUGCCUUGGCCGUCAAGACAAGGCAAAACUUGGAUGCCGCCCCAGUCACUACAUCAAUGCUUUUUGCACGCCCACAGAACUUGAUGCCUCAAGGCCAGGCGAUAAUGGACAAGAGAAAUGGCGAUGUUGGAUUGAAACCUAACAAAUGA